GAAAAUCUUAUGAAUAUAGCAUCAACUGAGACUUAGCAAGACUGUUUAAUUUUAACCGUGCGUAUUGCCUCGAAUAGCCGGUGUGGCCAAGUUGCAUCCAAAAAUAAUGAGGUUAUCUUUCUAGAUUGGGUUCUACAGUACAGUUGAGCGUUGGCUCCCGCAGUUGAAAGUCAUUAGAUUAAUAUAUCAUACAUAUCAUAAUAUUUUAUGGUAUUAUGCCUUCAAUGAAUAAAUCAAACCCUAAGUCAAACUGAACUAUCACCAAAUCAAACCCUAAAUCGAAGCCCUGUCAAGCUCGAGUUUUUCUUACUCUGCGCUACUGGUAGGGCUACUGGUAGGAAUGUACUAGUACCUUGGUAGAAAUGGCACGACAAAUAAUCAGGUUACUCGAGUGGCAAUUAACGUGGAGAUCCUGACUACGCAUUUAUCACCCUGGUGUCAACGCUAAUCUCUGUCCCGUGUGCAGUAGUAUCAAACAAGCAAUGAAUCCAUGUAGCAUGGUGGAUGCCUAACAUAACAUCGAUCUUCUCGGUCAAACGACUAUGAGUCACAAAGUGACACAUCGACGUUUCUAUAGGCUCUCGUAGCAUCCCAUCUUACCACCAACAGUUCACAAAUUACAGCACUGGCGGUCAAUAGCGUCUGCCCAUUUUUCACGCUUCGGGAUGCGUCAGCUAGCCAAACCCGGCGCGCCCAAAGGGCGGUCGCGCCGGGCCGUCGCCGGAGCCAAGGAGAAGGCGGUGGCCGGCUCAUUCCGGCGGCUGUGCUUCGCUGCCGUCCUCGCGGUAACCUUCUUCCUCUACUACCGUUUCUCACAGCUGGACGACCCGUGCCGGGGACGGUACAUCCACGUGUGCAAGCUGCCGCCGCGCUUCAACACCGACAUGACGCGCGACGCCUGCCGCGGCGAUGGGCGCUGGCCCGCGGGCGCGUGCGAGUCCAUCGACAACGCCGGCCUCGGCCCGCCGCUCGCCGACCCGGCCGACGGCGUGCUCACCGGCGAGGACGGGUGGUACGGCACGCGCCAGCUCGCCCUCGACAUCAUCUUCCACAACCGGAUGAAGCAGUACGAGUGCCUCACCAACCACACCGCCGUGGCCACCGCCGUCUUCGUGCCGUUCUACGCCGCCCUCGACUUCGCCCGCUACGCCGGCCAGGACAACGUGACGCGGGACGCCGCGUCGGUCGACCUGGCGGAGUGGCUCAAGUGGCGGCUCCUGUACGAUCAGCAACGGCCCCAGGACGGCCACGACAAUUUCCUCGUCGCCGGGAGGACGGCGCGGGACCUGGCGAGGGAUGGCGGCAACUCCGGCGGCCCGAACUGGGGCACGAACCUCCUCGCCAGGCCGGUUGGCCGGAACCUGUCGGUGCUCGUCUUGGAGUCGUCGCUGGCGCCGAACGCGAGCGAGUUCGCCGUGCCGUACCCGACCUACUUCCACCCCAGGACCGACGCCGACGUGUUCCGGUGGCAGGACAGGGUGCGCGGCCUGCAGCGGAAGUGGCUCAUGGCGUUCGUCUCCGGCAAGCCGCGGGGGACGGAGAAGGCAGCAACGGCGACCAUCCACGACCAUGUCAUGGCCCAGUGCAAGGCGUCGGACGCGUGUGGGCACCUGCCGCCGGACCCGGACUGCGCUACCGGGACCGACCACGGUGAGUGCCACUCCCCUGUCAAGGCCAUGCGGCUGCUCCAGAGCGCGACCUUCUGCCUGCAUCCACCGCCAGGCGGCUCGCCCCCGUCGUACACGCGGCGGUGGGUGUUUGACGCGAUGGUGGCCGGGUGCAUCCCGGUCUUCUUCCACCCGGCGUCGGCGCACCUGCAGUACAGGUGGCACCUCCCCGAGGACCACGCCAAGUACUCGGUGUUCAUCCCGGAGGCCGGCGUCCGGGCGGGCACGGCGAGCAUCGAGGCCGUGCUCCGGGCGAUCCCGGCGGCGACGGUGGCGCGGAUGCGGGAGGAGGUGGUGAGGCUCAUCCCGCAGGUGGUCUACGCCGAUCCCCGGGGGAAGCUGGAGACUGUCAAGGACGCCUUCGACAUCGCCGUCGACCGGAUGCUCGACAGGGUGGCAAGGCUCCGGAAUUAAUUAAUUUUCUCGCACAAAUUUUGUAACGAAGUUUUGCGGACAACUUUUGUCACCUAUUCAAACGUUCUUUCGCGUAGGGAUCAUUGCAGCAUGACACUUCGAAUUGGUUUCGGAAACUAUCUAGCAAUACCCCGCAUAUGGUUCAGUCA